AUGAAGUACGCUGUGCUGCCUUGGGCAGUCCUGGCAGGCUCAGCAGCCUCUGUUGCAGUCCAUCCUAAUUCUUCAUCCACUUUGGUCUCGCUCGAGCCUUACUUCAAUAACAAGGCCUUUGGUCAAUAUCCCGGCGAAGCGCUCUUCAAUUCAGUCAAUGAAUCCUAUCCUGAUCCCCGCAUUCUGGGCAUCAAUGGGAGCUACACCUCUUCCCACACCGGCAUCGUGUACGCCUUUCCUGGGUAUCGCAGCGGUAUGCUCCCCGACAAUGUGGUCUGCGCAGGCCAGUCCAUCACAGUACCGAGAGGGCGAUACUUGUCUGCUUCCAUGCUCGUCUCGGCCGACGUGCAGCUCAAGACCGUCUCGGGCAAUGUGACGUACAGCUACAGUGAUAAUACCACUAUGGUGUCCGAGCUGCGCAGUCUACCCUGGUGGGCAUUCCUGACGAUCAAUCGCGGCGAGAUCAUUUUCCCUUACCGAUACACCCCGAAUGACACCAACUUCAACACCUCCCACAUAUUCGAGUAUACGGCCGCUUUGGACCCGAGCAAGAGCCUGCAGUCUGUCACACUCCCAGUCACGACCAAUGCCACCAAGAGCCGAUUGCACGUCUUCGCCCUCUCCCUGUGGCCAGCCACUGCCUCUGCAUCGGCGCAGGUUCAAUUCGUGCGGCCCACCCAGAAAUGGACGGAGCAGGGCAACCAGGUGGUUGAGCUUACGAUCAACAACCCCGGGACGGGGUGUAUCUCAGGGGCUGGGCUAACUGCCUCGCUUGACAUGGCUGGUAUCGUCACAGCUGAGCCUGGGCAUAUCAGGCGACUCUGUCCAGGCGAUCAGAAACGAGUCAAUCUUGGGGUGAACGGCACGGCCAAUGGCACGGCCACCAUCCAGCUGACUUACAAGGAUGCUAUCCUCGACACCCAUACCGCCAAUCUUUCGCUCGGACUUACCAACUACACCUCGGAUCUCGAGAGUCUCGCCCGUCACGAGAGCCCAGAGUGGUUUGACGACGCCAAGUUCGGCAUCUUCAUCCACUGGGGGCCGUAUUCCGUGCCGGGUUGGGGCAAUUCGACUCCGUGGGAGAGUUACGCCGAAUGGUUCUGGUGGUACACCACACACCCAGCGGCCGACAAAUCCGCCACGCAAGCCUACCGGCUCCGCACCUUCGGCCGGGAGUGGAACUACGACGACAGCUUCGCGAACUUCACAGCGGCGUACUUCGACGCCAAAGCAUGGGUAGACCUGAUCGCAGCAGCAGGGGCCAAAUACUUCGUGCUCACGACAAAGCACCACGACGGCUUCGCACUAUUCGACACAGGCAACACGAGCCAUCGCAACAGCCUACACUACGGCCCGCGACGCGACCUGCUAGCCGAGCUCUUCAAUGCAUCCGCGACAUACCACCCGACCCUCCGCCGCGGCACGUACUUCUCGCUGCCGGAAUGGUUCAACCCGGACUUCGCGCCCUACGGCUUCGCCGAGCUGCCCGGCAACAAAUCAACGAGCUGGCCGGGUCUACCGGCCGUGAACCCUUUCACGGGGCGCGAGGAGCCGUACACGGGGCGUCUUCCGCUUGCCCUGCCUGGUGUCCCUAACGCCAGCUCCACCACAAGGCCCUCCACAACCACCCCCAGCACAGCUCACACAGAAGCAAACUACCUAACCUCCCUCCAGCACCCGCAAAUGCACACGCUGGCAACAACCUACUCAACAGACAUCAUGUGGUGCGACUGCGGCGCGGCAAACACCACCGCCCCCUUCGCAGCAGAAUGGUUCAACACCGCCCGCGCAACACACAACCGCGCCGUGGCCAUCAACUCGCGGUGUGGGCUGGCGCAAACCGCCGACUUCGACACCCCCGAAUACAAGACCUUCUCGUCGCCGCAGCGCCGCAAGUGGGAGACCAACAUGGGCAUGGACCCCUACAGCUACGGGUAUAACCGGGCCACUGCGCCGGAAAGCUACAUGAAUGCGUCGGCCAUUGUGGUCCGGCUCGUGGAUAUCGUUAGUAAGAAUGGAAAUCUCCUGCUCGAUAUAGGGCCGCGGGCGGAUGGCACGAUUGUGGGUGAAGAGGAGAGGGCGUUGAGGGAGGCUGGGGGCUGGAUUGCGGCGCAUGGGGAGGCGGUCUUUGGGACGCGGUAUUGGUUUUUCGCGGCAGAGGGGAAUGGGGGCAGCGUGAGAUUUACUCAGUCGGAGGAGGCGUUCUUUGUGCUCUUUCUUGAAAGGCCUGAUACUUCGCGGGGGGUUGUGGUCGAGGCGCCGUUGCCGUUGUUGCAGGGGGAUCGGGUUACGGUGUUGAGGGGGGAGGGAAACGAUCAGGAGGUGAGAUGGGAGAAGCUUGACAUGCACAGAGGAUUUGUGUUUCAUGUCCCUGGCGAGGCGUGGCAGGGCGAGAGAUACUGCUGGGUGCUGAAGAUUGAGUAUCGUGCAUAA